AUGGCGGACGACGGAGAACUCCGCCAGAGGAAGCCGGCACCCGCGGCCAAGUGGACAAAGAUUGAUCCGUCGACCACAAAGAUCCGUACAAAGAAGGAGAUUGAGGACGAGGAAGAUGUCUACUAUCCCUGGUGGGAUCUCCUCCGGCUCGCCGUCGGUCUGGUGAUCGCCUACUGCGGUCUGAGCUACUUGGCAACUGGCGGCGAGACCUACUCAAUCGGUUAUCAGGUGCCCAUGAAGUACCUGCACUUGGACUCGAUCUCAAAUCCAUUUAGAAAGCCGAUAUGGAUCACGCCCGAGGAACUGGCAGCUUUCGACGGCUCCGACGAGAACAAGCCGGUCUACAUUGCUAUCAACGGCACCAUCUACGACGUUUCGGCGAACCGCCACACCUACGGGCCCGGCGGCUCGUACCAAUUCUUUGCUGGUGUCGACGCCUCGCGCGCCUACGUGACUGGCUGCUUCGCCGAAGACCGCACGGCCGACAUGCGCGGCGUCGAGGAGAUGUUCCUCCCGAUCGAGGACCCCGAGGUCAACAAGCACUUCUCGCCCGAGGAGCUCGAGGAGCUGCGCAAGAAGGAGCGCGAGGAGGCGGAAAGGAAACUGCACGACGCGCUCAAGCACUGGGUCCAGUUCUUCCGCAACCACAAAAAGUACAGAAACGUCGGCCGCGUCAAGAGGCGGCUCGACUGGCUGGAGAAGGAGCCGAGGCGGAAGCUGUGCAAGCAGGCGCAGGAAGCAAGGCCGAGGAGGAAAAUACCCGGGGACAAGAAGAAGACGGACGCUGGUGCGGGUGGACAAUAG